UGGGCGCCGCGUAGGUGAUGGAGAAGGCGAGCCCAAUCCCAGUCGCCCGACGAUAGUCGCGCCGGCGGACUGUUGCUCCUCCGCGUCCCGCUUUUACGGCCAGGGAGAACGGUUUCGCGAGAGCCGAAACGUCGCGUAGUCUUCGACCCAUCGAGUGCGACGUGACUGCGAGCGGGCGUCUUUGGCCCGACACCUCGGAAAGGCUUCUCCGGACAGCAACGCAUCAUCGCUGUGCUUUUUUUUUUUCGCCCGUUUCGAAACUACAGGAAGUGCGGUCGGCUCGCGGGAACGAGCACAUUUAUCAGUGGAGUUUCAUCGUUCUGCUCUUGGAGGCGGCGGCAACAUCUGACGGUGGUCCUCUGGUGUCCGACACUGGUGCUGCAUGUCGCUACGGACCGCAUCGCCCCGUUUGGUGUGUGUGUUUGUGGACGGGUGUCUCGCGGGUGUGCGUGGCCGGUCGGCCUGUACCGCUCACGCGGAUUCCUGACGGAUUUCUAGAAGAGCGAGCACAUCGCGGUCGACGGAUCGCGAUCAUACAGGAGUGAGCCCUCGGCGGCGGAGUCAACGGGCGAGGAGGCCAGCACCUCGGAGGCGACCAUGAUCAGCCGGCGGAAGAUCCUCUCCCGGUCCGGGACGAGCUGAAUGUGGACUUUACCGUGGAGGACGAAGAGGACGUCUGGUACCAGAAGGAGAAGCUCUUUAAGGACCACAUUCAGGAGGUUCUGAACAAAUGGGGCCAAAUCGACGACGAAAUAUGGGCCAAGAUCAUCUGCAUGGAGCGCAACCGACGCGUCGCAAAGGCGUACGCCCGCGCGUCCGUUCUCACCAUCAACGGUUCCAACGAAGGCUUCGAUGGGUACAGGAUCGGCCUCUGCGGUUUCGACAACCCUAUGCGGGACCCUAGGACCGAGGAACUAAAGAAACAAAUUGGCCACGGAGUGAAAAUCAAGAUGGACGAGGCGGGCAACAUCAUGAUCAAGCGCGCCAGCAAGAGCAACGUCUACAUCAAGGAGAUCUCGGGCGGGGAGAACAACAGCGUCAGCGCCGACAUCAUCCGCAACAAUGGUCUCCUGGAGUACGACAAGCCCGUUAAGCUCUUCGACAUCAAGAAGUUCCAGCAGAACGUGUCCCGCGAGCUGAAGCGUGCCUACCCGGACAGGCGGCACCUGGAGGCGCAGUGCCUUAGCUGCGUCUGUUUCGUGAAGGACAGCCCCGAACUCCUGGACUGCGCCGUCUGGGUCAUGGUCAUCAACAUCGUCGCCCUCGACAUGCUCAAGACUAAACUGCCUCCUCCCAUGUCCAAGCGCCAGAGUGCCCCGAACCUUAUGAGCGUCUUCGACCGGCCGCCGAGGCUGCCCGAGGAAGACCCGUACAGCCUUCCAGGAGCCGUGCCUCGUCAGCAACCGCAGCCACCCAGGGAAUCGAAGCCCCCGAAGCUACCGCCGAGGGACUUGCCUCGCGUCAGUGUGCCCAGGCCUGACUACGAGGACGUGGAGCCUAUGGCCCGACCUCCGCCUCCAGCAAACAGGAAAAAGAACGGUAGUUACUACGACGACCCGUACUACUGCGGCUUCCGGGCACGUGUGCCCAACUUCGCCAAGCGGGGCCAGGAGGACGGCCACCACGCCGUGUCCGGUCCCAUGUCCAGCGCUCCCAUGCCUCGAAGCCACAGCCAGAACUACUUGAGCCUCUUCAACAAGGGACCCGAACGAUCCAUCUACGACUCGGCCUACGGAAGCUGUUCCACCGUCACGCACCAUGCACCAUCAGGAGGAGAAAGAGGCUUCAGUGGCGGCAGCGGCGGCUCGAGCGGUGACGACGACUACUCCAAGAUCUAUGGUCGCAUCGGCCGGGGAGGACCUAGCGGUCCCUCGUCGGCUGCCUACAACCAGCUGCCCCGCGAAGUGUACGUCGGCGAGUGGGAAUGACAGGCGGCCCGCGACGGGGUCGCCGCCCGUCGUCGAGGCCGCCAGCCUACCACCCCGCUGUCGCAGCUACAGAACCAGCAGCCCCUCGCGUCGCGACUUCCUCCGCCGCUGCCGCAGCCUCGAAGCUCGAGGUCCCUGCCGACCGGCAUCGCGGCACCGCAGUCGCCGCCCGCCUGGAAGCCGCACAAGAAGAGCGCCCUCUACGGCCGCGUCAGGGCCGUCUUCUCCUCUAGGAAACACUGAUUCUCGAGCCCCGGCUAAGCGCGCGUGAAGAACACGCAAGCCGAGUGUGACACGUGGCCUCAAAGCGAGUCGUCUUGGCUUCUAUACUGCUGUUCUGAGAAACACCUCCUGGACAAGGCAAGCGACGACAGUGGAUACACUUGAGUGGUCUACAUGCUGCCCGUAUAUUGAUUGUCCAGCUGUGGAACGUGCUCAUGGGCAACAGGAAAUGACCCUGAUGUACCUCCAGGUGCACCCAUACGUUUUUUUUUUUUUUGCUUUAGAUGUCACUGUCGUUAUUUUGAAACUCGGUGGUGUCACGUAGGGCAUCUCGCACGCUCCAGCCUUGUCAACAAUGAAGAACAGAGAAUACGCAAUCGAAAAGAAACUGUCGCUGCUGGACUGCCUUCAUGAGUUGCGUUCUCAAAGGAACCACGGGCACUUAUUCGGAAAGUGAGCCACGAAACGUCUCACUCGGCUGCGGCUGCCAGACCGAAAAGAUUGCGCACGUCGUCCAAACUUCGCUGAAGGCACCGGGCAGGAUGAAAAAGUGCUACUUCCGCAAAACGUCCACUGUCGCGGUGCAGAUUCGCGGGCAUGUUCAUCGAGACAGUGCAUCCACGAGGAAAUUCGAAAGGUGCGGUUGAACUUGCUGCGGGCUUGGCUGCUGUUUUCGGCGUGAAAAUAUGUUUUCAGUCUUGCCAUGCGGCUAUUUCGUCGAAGUCACGAGGUGCUUUUUUUGGACCAUACAUGCACAUAUAUGGUCCAGACGAGCCGAGCAUCGGGUCCACGGCUCUUUGAGGAACAACGUUUUUUACACGUUUUUUAUAGUGUGUUCUUUGAUUACUUUUUUUUUUAUCCAGCGUGCCUGUGCAGCGUGCCCGUGCGUGAAUGUGUGUGGCAGGUCGAAUGCGAGGUUGAAGAGUGCCGCAACGUGGAAGGUUGCACCUUCCGCGAAGGAUUAGGAAAAGGACACACAUGUUGGUAGCGAGUGCCCCAUAUGCAGCAACGACCGAGCGACAAAGAUGGUGUUCUUGUUUUAUUUUUAUUUUUUCGAACGUGCGCGUUGAAACUCCUGUGAGACUCUUUGCGACCAGCCUGACUGUACAUUUUUUUUUAGGAACCAAGCAAACACCCUAUCCGUCGUCGCCACUGACUUCCGCUACGUGCGUAUAGCAGUGUGCUUCUGCUUGCGAUGUUUGUUGUGGCCUAUUCCUCUUUUUUUGUUCUUGCUGUUCCAGCCGCACGCAGGCGUUCUAGCAGCCAGAAACGCGGCUGACGAUCGCUUCCUUAGUUUGUUUACUUGUUUAUUACCGUUUUUUUUUAAUCCUGCAUUGUUAUCCCGAUCGCCUGCCUACCUGUUCACGAGACUUCAACACGCUUGGCGCUCGAACGCGAGCCAGUGUCUCGCACGUCGCUCUUUUUUCGUCGUGGUGAUCGUGUUUUUAUUUCAAGCCGUAGAUGCGAGCAUCGUGGGAACCCUGACUGGCUAUUUACAAAGAUGGCAUUUGAUUCGCAAACUAAACUUUUCAAUUCCGGUGUCUGGCAGUGAACGUGUGUUCUGAGCACAAUCAGAACAAUCAGGCACGCAAAGCUGUGCCCGUCUUUCAAAGAAACUUGUUGCGUGUACCACUGCUCGUGGAGGAGUUCUCUGGCACAAACGACUGACAAUGCAUCAGCACACCGAGCAAUGGUGAAAAUGAGUUCUGUGCGUUUCGCCCCAUUGAGCCAAGAGUAGGGUAUCCCCGAUGUUCCCAUCUGCAGGUCGUCCCUUUUGCCUUGGUUUGUUCUACGUGCGUACAGCUCUUGUUAUUGUUACCCUGGAGCCCCCCAACUUGUACCACACUGUAUAGAUAGAUUGCUCAGUGCUUCCAUGUUACCCCUAUUUUUCGUUCUUUCUGCUAUACGUAGUGUCGCAAUAUCUAUAUGUCGUACUUUUUUUUCUCGCUAUAGUUUUCACUGAAUCCUACUGCAUGCAACUGAACAGACGAGGUUCUCAUAAAAGAGGCGUUUCCCCGGUAAAUGAGGGUAUCAAUGCUUGCGUUAAGCUCGUCAUAACGAGUCCGGUUCGUACAGUAAAGGCCAGGGCAACUGGCAACGUGCAUGGAAUGCUUGGCAACCAUGGCAACGCCAAAGCCAUUCCAGUAACAAAUGAUGGCGCCCCUGACAGCACCGUCCAGCUGCUGUAAUACUAUUAUAAAAUUUGCUGAGUCAUGCAUCACCAUCGCACAUGCCACUGCAUGCGCAAUGCAUGUCACACAGGGCUAAAGAAUUUGAUUCAUGGAAAUUUUCACCCGCUGAAAGUUUGCUAAUCUCGAGUAAAUUUGGAACCAUGAGAAAUGAGCGAUAUGUUCUCACUCGAAUUUACGCCUGUGUUGGCUUUACCCUUCCCGCUCUCCUCUUGUUAUUUUUGUUUUUGUUCACUGCACUUUCUUGUCCUUUUUUUUUUUUGUUAUUCCAAAAGAGUGUUCCGUACUGCCAACCCACUGAUGACCUCUAAUUGUUUUCCUUACUUAAGUGUUCUCCUGUUGUUGACGACGACGGUGUCUGGUAUACUGCUAAGUUAAUGACCUGGAAACAGCUCUUUCGCUUCAUGCUGUUGUGAAGGAAACGCGAGAAGUGUGACGUAUGCGCACCGAGUGGUGACGCACACUACUCUUGCCGAAGGAAGGCGCGUCGCGGAAGUUCGAGGAGAAAACAAGAGGGAAACAGAAAACUGCCAAGCCUGUUGUUGUAAUUACAAGUUGUUUUGACUAAUUUCUUCGUUAUUUAAUGAACUCGUAUAGCUUGUUUCAUUUUUUUUCUUUCGCGAGAAGUUCAUGCUAAUAAAAACAAGACUUUCAGACGUUAA